AUGUCUGGCCAGCCGAAUGUGUUCUUCAUGAACCCGACCGAGCGCCAGAGCGGGCGCAAGGCGCAGCAGAGCAACAUCGCCGCCGCCAAGACGGUCGCCGAUGUGAUCCGCACGUGUCUGGGCCCGCGUGCCAUGCUCAAGAUGCUCCUCGACCCGAUGGGCGGCAUCUUGCUCACCAACGACGGCAACGCCAUUCUCCGCGAGAUUGAGGUCGCGCAUCCGGCUGCCAAGUCGAUGAUUGAGCUCAGCCGGACGCAGGACGAGGAGGUGGGAGACGGCACGACGAGCGUGAUCAUUCUCGCCGGCGAGAUCCUCGCACAGUCCAUGUCGCAGCUCGAGCGCGGCCUGCAUCCCGUCGUCAUUAUCCGCUCGUACAAGGCGGCGCUGGCCGAGGCGCUCGACAUCAUCGACCGCAUCUCCAUUCCCGUCGACACGAACAACGAGGAGGAGAUGCUGAAGCUGAUCAAGACGUCGAUCGGCACCAAGUUUGUCUCGCGCUGGUCCGACCAGAUGUGCCGUCUGGCGCUCAAGGCCGUGCGCACCGUGGCCGACAUUGACGCACGGUCCGGCUCGCGUGGCGGCACCGUCGACCUGAAGCGGUAUGCUCGCGUCGAAAAGGUGCCGGGUGGCGAGAUCGAGAGCUCGCGCGUGCUCGACGGAGUCAUGCUCGCAAAGGACGUGACGCACCCGAAGAUGCGCCGCCGCAUCGAGUCGCCGCGGAUCCUGCUGCUCGACUGCCCGCUCGAGUACAAGAAGGGCGAGAGCCAGACGAACAUCGAGAUUUCCAAGGAGGAGGACUGGAACAAGAUUCUCGAGAUCGAGGAGAACCAGAUCCGCCUCAUGUGCGACAAGAUCAUCGAGUUCAAGCCGGACCUGGUGUUCACGGAGAAGGGCGUCAGCGACCUGGCGCAGCACUUCCUGCUCAAGGAGAACAUCACUGCCAUCCGGCGCGUGCGCAAGAGCGACAACAACCGCAUUGCGCGUGCCUGCGGCGCCACGAUUGUGAACCGGGUUGAGGACCUGCGCGAGGCAGACAUCGGCACGCGGUGCGGUCUGUUCCACAUUGAGAAGCUCGGCGACGAGUACUUCACCUUCCUGGAGGAGUGCAAGGAGCCGAAGGCGUGCACCAUCCUGCUGCGCGGCCCGUCGAAGGACAUUCUCAACGAGGUCGACCGCAACCUGGCUGACGCCAUGGCUGUGGCGCGCAACGUCGUGUUCAACCCGCGCCUGGCGCCCGGCGGCGGCGCGACCGAGAUGGCCAUCUCCGUCGGCCUCAACGAGCUGGCGCGCACGAUCGAGGGUGUCGCCGUGGGCCCGAUCCGUGCCGUCGCCGAUGCCAUGGAGGUGAUCCCGCGCACGCUGAUCCAGAACUGCGGCGGCAACGCCAUCAAGCUGCUCACCAGCCUCCGCGCACACCACGCCAACGGCGAGCACUCGAUGGGCGUGGACGGCGAGGGCGGCAAGAUUGUCGAGAUGGGCGCCUACGGCCUGUACGAGCCUGCUGCUGUCAAGGCGCAGACGCUCAAGACGGCCAUCGAGAGCGCCUCGCUGCUGCUUCGCGUCGACGAUGUCGUGUCUGCACGCAGGCAACAAGGCGGCGGCGGAGGCGGCGCGCCGCAGAUGCAGCAGAUGCCCGAGGGUGCGGAGGGCGGCGACAUGCCGGGCAUGGGCUAGAGCAGGGCGCGGGCACGACGCAAAAUCACACAGGGCCGCCGGUCAUUGCACAGAGAG